UAUAAAGCUGAGUACCAGUCUUGGAGAAACAGCAGCACCACAGGAGGAGCGUACAUACUCGAGAGACAAAUCUUCAGCCAUGGACACCAUCACACAUCAGCAGAAAGAUGCCUCAGAGCUGAAAAAAUCCAAGUCUAUGAAGAACAUCAACCACUUCACAGAUGUGCACGGUCUGCCUUGCAUUGAGAAGAUUGUAAGCUCCGUGGAGGACACCCCCGAGCCCAUCUGCACCAACAUAACUGGCAAAAUCCCAGAAUGGAUCAAUGGCAGCUUCUUGAGAAACGGGCCUGGGAAGUUUGAGAUUGGAAACCAGAAGUUCAACCACUGGUUCGAUGGUAUGGCUCUCCUGCACCAGUUCAAAAUAUCCAACGGUCAGGUGACUUACAAGAGCCGCUUCCUGUCCAGUGACAGUUACCAAGCCAACAAGGAGCACAACCGCAUCGCAGUGUCAGAGUUUGGCACUAUCACAAUGCCAGACCCCUGUAAAAACUUCUUCCAGCGCUUCCUGUCAAGAUUUGAAUUACCAAAGCCCACAGAUAAUGCCAAUGUGAGCUUUGUGACCUACAAAGGUGAUUACUACGUCAGCACGGAAACAAAUGUCAUGCACAAAGUGGACCCUGAGACACUAGAGACAACUAAAAAGGUGGACUGGAGCAAAUUCAUUGCCGUGAAUGGAGCGACCGCACACCCUCACACUGAUCCCGAUGGAACAACAUACAAUAUGGGGAAUUCCUACACCGCUAAAGGAGCAUCCUAUAACAUCAUCCGAGUGCCGCCGACCAAGGAAACCCCUGAAGAUACCUUGGAGGGAGCCACAGUGCUGUGCUCUAUUCCUUCAGUGGACAAGACCAAACCAUCCUACUACCACAGCUUUGCAAUGUCUGAGAACUACGUGGUGUUCAUUGAGCAGCCCAUCAAGAUGGAUCUGUUGAAGAUUGUGACCGGCAAGUUGACAGGGAAAAGCAUCAGUAAUGGCAUUCACUGGGACCCAAAACUCAACACUAUCUUCCACCUGAUUCACAAGCAGACAGGGCAGUUAAGCUCUACUAAGUACUUUGCCAAGCCGCUGUCAACCUUCCACCAGAUCAAUGCAUAUGAGGAGGACGGCUCCUUGAUCAUAGAUAUGUGUGCUUCAGAUGAUGGCCAGGCAAUCACUAACUACAACGUCCAGAACCUGCGCAAGUCCGGAGAAGCUCUUGAUGAGGUGUAUAACACCUUGUGUAGAGUCUUCCCACGGCGUUUCAUUUUGCCUCUCAAUGUGGAUGAUGGUACACCCUACGGCCAGAACCUGAACAACCAGCCCAACAGCGAAGCUACUUCUAUAAGAAUUGCCAAGAACAAGGUCUUCUGUACCCAUGAGGACCUCCAUGGGGAGGAUCUUCAUCAAUAUGGAGGACUGGAGUUCCCUCAGAUCAACUACAACAAGUACAACACCCACACCUACCGCUACUUCUAUGGCUGCGGCUUCAGACAUCUUGUAGGAGACACACUGAUCAAGAUGGACCUCCACGGGAAACACAUGAAGGUGUGGGAACAACCCGGUCUUUAUCCCUCUGAACCCAUCUUCGUACCCUCCCCUAAUGCCACAGAGGAGGAUGAUGGUGUCAUCUUGUCUGUGGUCAUCACUCCGAAUGAGGACAAGAGUACGUUCCUCCUGGUUUUAGAUGCCAAAACGUUUGAGGAGCUGGGCAGGGCUGAGGUGCCUGUCAACAUCCCCUACGGUUUCCACGGGACGUUCAAUGCCACAGCAUAGAAACACAUGUGAGGGGGAAGUCGUGGCAGAAGUUAUACACUAUGUAAAUAUUGUCUGUGAUGUUUUGUUUGUCUCAUCAUACAAGCUUGUAUUAGCAAAAAUGAAAAAAAAAAAAGGUUUAAAGUUCAUGGUGGAGCUGUUAUAUAGAACUACUGUACUGGGUUAAGAAACUACAAACAUGUCCUGUUGUAAAUAGGUUGUUUUUUCUAAAUCAUUGUUUUCAAUAUUUCAAGUAUAUUCACAUUUUAAGAUAAGGACUGUGGGUGGGUGGAAGCAUCUGAGGACAAGUGCAUUCUUGUUGUUCUCACUGUGACUGCACUAACGUUUUUUACAUAACAGAAAAUGUUCCAGUUCAGCAAAGACUUUUUAUGGCCUCCAAUUUUGUAAUAAACGGAUAAGUAAAUGUACACUCUGGCACGGAGCCCACAUGUUGGAGAAAGCUAAGUGAAUGAAAAUGUACACUUUUAAAUACGCAGAUGAAACACUGUGAAUAGUCUGAAUAAAUAAAACUGGACUUAAACAUCA